AUGUUUUUGUUUCCAUGCAGCUCUUUCUGUUACUUGUCUUCUUUUCUCUUAAUCAUUACACUUCCAUUCUCUCUGUCAUUUUAUCUCACUGACUCCAACCCACUUUUAUCCUUCAAUAAUCAAGUCAGAGAUGUACACCUCUACACAGAUAAUCACAGAAGAGGGAUGUAUCUACAGAUGACUCUGGAUGGGAGAGUGUCAGGAAGCAAUGCUCAGACCGCUUACAGUGUGCUGGAGCUGAAAUCAGUUAAUCCAGGCCAUGUAGUUAUCAAGGGGAAGUCAUCAUCUCUGUUUCUCUGCGUGGACAGUGGAGGUCGUUUGAGUGGGCAGGCGCAGUACUCAGAGGCCGACUGCACCUUCAGAGAACUGCUGCUGGCAGAUGGAUACACCCGUUUCCUUUCCUCGCACCACGGAGUUCCUGUGUCUCUGGCAUCAAGACAUUCUCCAGAUCGACAAGCAGUCCCCUUCACUCGAUUCCUACCACUGAGGAAUACUUUGGCAAGCGAGAGCGUGUCUGAACAGACACCAAACAAUCAGAGAUAUUUUAAUGUGGACACUGAUGAUCUUCUUGGAAUGGGUCUGCAUACUAUGGUCAGUCCUCAGUUCUCAGGGGACAAGUAA